AUGGAAAACUCUACUCACUAUAAGGUCUUCAGGCUUGCUGCGUACAGUGAUAUCGGACAAUUGAAGUACUUCUAUUUUGCUGUAGUAACUGUAUUAUAUUUUGUCAUCAUUCUUGGCAAUGCUUUGCUUAUUGGAGUUAUCUUCAUUGAAAGAAGCCUUCAUGAACCCAUGUAUAUGUUUCUAUGUGCUUUGUUUGUUAAUCAGUUGUAUGGGAGCACUGGUUUGUUUCCUGCUCUCAUGUUUUACUUACUCUCUGACACACAUGAUAUUUCCCUUCUUUAUUGUUACCUCCAGAUUUAUGUGUUGUACACAUAUGCUAUAACAGAAUUUAGUAAUUUAGCAGUUAUGUCCUAUGACAGGUACAUUUCUAUUUGUUAUCCUCUACAGUAUAACAAUAUUAUGACACCUAAAAUAAUUUGUGGCUUAAUUCUGCUGUCCUGCUUGUCUUCUUUUUUCCUCAUCGCCAUCGUUAUCUCCCUGAGUUUGCGACUGCAAUUUUGUGGUAACGUUCUAGACAGACUGUAUUGUGACAACUACUCAGUAUUCAAGCUUGCCUGUUCAAAUACUACGCUGAAUAACAUAUGGGGUCUUGCUGUCACUGUGCUUUAUAUUUCUUGUACUAUAUGUCCUACCAUAUACUCAUAUGUCAGAAUUCUACAAAUAUGUUUAAAGUCUUCAAAAGAGACAAAACAGAAAGCAUUUAACACCUGUACACCACAUAUAGCCUCUAUGCUGAACUUCUUCUUUGGCUGGUUAUUUGUGAUUCUACAAGGCAGAUAUGAAACUGCAGAUCUUCCACCUAUACUUCGCACUAUUUUAUUAGUUUAUUUUCUGAUAUGUCCACCACUUUUCAAUCCUUUAAUGUAUGGCGUUAGAAUGGUUAAAAUCAGGCAUGCUUGUAAAAAGCACCAGACUCAUUACUACAGCACCAGUUUCAACAUACAGACUGGAGAUUGUUUGCCUCAGGCCACACUUGACUCCCAUACGGACAUUGAAACAUAUGCUUCUUCCGUUCGGGAUUAUAUCAACAUCUGCAUCAACAAUGUCACCACCCAUAAACUAAUAAAGACCUUCCCCAACCAGAAGCCUUGUAUGAACAGAGAGACCCCAGACCCUCGACGCAUGUGGCAGGGCAUCCAAGCCAUCAAAGACUACAGGCCAAAAAACCCUACCCCCACAGCCAGCGACGUCUCCAUCGCCGACGAGGACAACAAAGAUCCAGCCAUCAAAGCUGAGCUCCCCCUCAGACUAUCCAUAGCAGAUGUGUUGUCUGCACUGAGCAGGGUGAAUGCACGCAAGGCUGCUGGUCCUGAUGGCGUCCCCGGUCAUGUGUUCAGAGCAUGUGCCGGGCAGAUGGCCGAGGUCUUCACUGACAUUUUCAACCUGUCUUUGGCCCAGGCGGUUGUCCCCACCGCAACCAUUGUGCCAGUGCCGAAGCAGUUGACCACAUCAAGCCUGAAUGACUUCCGACCUGAAGUGCUUCGAAAGACUGGUUUUGGCCUACCUUAA